GUGAUGGUGAUGAUGAUGGCAAUGGGGAAAGCUGUCUAGCCUAGAACAGAUAGCACGUCCACCGUGAUAGCGCGCGACAAUGAGCUAUAUAUAGCCGUAGUCGCGAGUAUAUAUACCACCAGCAAGUUCUUUCUUGAGCACGAGUGCGGUGCCGCCAGUGUUUAUCAAAAUAUCCGAAAGCGUGGAUCUCUGCCGACGGAGAGACGCUGUAGAGGAAGACCACGCAUCGAUCCGAAUUUUUCGCGAGAGAAUCAUGGCCAAGGACAAUCUCACCGCUAUACUUUACGGGAUCAACGACUUACGGCUGGAGAACACGCCUAUCGAGGAACCGCGAGACGAUGAGGUACUUUUGGAAAUGGCAUGUGUAGGCAUCUGCGGAUCAGACGUCCAUUAUCUCGUCAACGGGAGAAUUGGCGACUUCGUGGUGCGCGAACCCAUGAUCGUCGGGCAUGAGUCCGCCGGUGUCGUCACCAAACUCGGGAAAAAUGUCAAGAACUUGAAAGUAGGCGAUCGCGUCGCCAUCGAGCCUGGCGUGUCUUGUCGAAUAUGCAAGUUUUGCAAAACAGGACGUUACAACCUCUGCAAGGAUAUGGUGUUUUGCGCGACGCCGCCGGUGCAUGGCAGCUUGAGACGUUUUUACAAACAUGCGGCUGAUUUCUGCUUCAAAUUGCCUGACCACGUGAGCUUAGAAGAAGGAGCGCUCUUAGAACCGUUGUCAGUUGGAGUGCACGCUUGUAAACGAGGAUCUGUCGGGAUCGGUUCUAAAGUACUAAUUCUGGGAGCUGGUCCAAUCGGUCUGGUGACAUUACUGGUAGCCAAAGCCAUGGGUGCGAGCAAAGUGGUUAUUACUGAUAUUAUAGAGAAUAGACUGAAAAUAGCGAAGAAACUCGGCGCUGACGAUACAUAUCUGGUGCAGAAGGAUAAGUCAGAAUCGGAAACAAUGGCUGAUAUACACGCGAUUUUUGGAGAUGAACCUGAUAGAACGAUAGAUGCCUCGGGUGCACAGUCCUCAAUACGCUUAGCAAUCCUCGUAACAAAAUCUGGUGGAGUCGUAGUGUUAGUGGGUAUGGGUGCUCCUGAAGUGCAAGUCCCAUUAAUUAACGCACUGAUCAGGGAAGUUGACAUCAGAGGUGUUUUCCGAUACGUUAAUGACUACGGCGAUGCGCUGGACCUCCUCGCAUCUGGCAAAGUAAACGUGAAGCCUUUGAUCACCCAUAACUAUAAGAUAGAAGACACUAUGAAAGCAUUCGAAACUAGCAGAACUGGAGCAGGUGGAGCUAUUAAAGUCAUGAUUCAUUGUAGAUAAAUUCAGCCGGAGUGAAACUGUCAUAUGAGAGAUUUUUAAAUCUCGACAUGUUGAACUGAAGUAUGUUAAAUUGACUAUCAUGUUAAAACUUAUAAAUGAUAAACGACCGAUUCAAAUUUAUAAAUGGUCUAUUUUAAUCUACGAGGUGCAAAAAAAUGGCAAACGAUUACAUUUGCACGAAAUAAAUUAUGCUAAUAGUUCAUGAAAUUCA